AUGCAGUACCAUUCUCAGUCCAGCGUGAGAAAGAGACUCGACUACUACUAUCGGGCCGUCAAUGCUGUCAUUCUUAACAGACAAAACCCAACAACGGGUCUGAUCCCUGCCUCUGUCGCUGUUACUACACAUGGAGACUAUCGCGACGCAUGGGUUCGCGAUAAUGUGUACUCGAUUAUGGCUGUCUUUGGCCUGGCUCUAGCCUACCGCCGCGUGGAUGACGACGAGGGUCGCGCUUAUGAACUCGAGCAUUCUGUGGUCAAGCUGAUGCGUGGACUCCUCUUCUGUAUGAUGCGCCAGGCACCCAAGAUCGAGCAGUUCAAGAAGACUCAGGGUUUGAACGACUGUCUGCACGCGAAAUACAACACCGCCACAGGAGACACCGUAGUAGGAGAUUCCGAGUGGGGACACUUGCAGAUCGAUGCCACGUCCAUCUUCCUCCUCGCCUUGGCUCAAAUGACCGCUUCUGGAAUACUGAUCGUCUACACUACAGACGAGGUCGACUUUAUCCAGAACUUGGUCUUCUACAUCGAGCGUGCCUAUCGUACUCCCGAUUAUGGUAUUUGGGAGCGUGGAAACAAGAUCAACCAUGGUGAGCCCGAGCUGAACUCUUCCUCGAUCGGUAUGGCCGUCGCUGCCCUCCAGGCCAUCAACGGUAUCAAUCUCUUUGGCUCUCGAGGUGGACCCAGUUCGGUCAUUCAUGUGCUGCCUGACGAGAUCACACGCAACUACACCACCCUGCAUUCUGCACUUCCCAGAGAAUCCAACUCGAAGGAAAUUGACGCCGCUUUGCUCUCGGUCAUUGGAUUCCCUGCGUUUGCUGUCGGAGACGCCAAGCUGGUGAAGAAGACGAGGGAUGAGAUCAUAGAGAAGCUGGGAGGCAAAUAUGGAUGCAAGCGUUUCCUGCGUGAUGGUCAUCAGACUGUACUUGAGAACAACAGCCGCCUCCACUACGACGCCCACGAACUCAAGAUCUUUGAGGAUAUCGAGUGUGAGUGGCCCCUGUUUUUCACAUAUUUCAUCCUAGAUGGUCUCUUCAGCGACAACGAGCAUCAAGUUGAGGAGUACCGCGCCAAGCUGGAGCCCCUGAUCAUUGACUCUGCCACCUUGAUCGACUUUGGUCAGUUCAUCCCUGACUCGAUGUCCGAGAGUGAUGAUGGGCGUGGUCUUAAGACUCCCACCUCUCCAAGUUUCGGCACCCCAGGCAGCAUCCACAGCGAGAGCAAGCUGCCAGAGCACAUUCCUCUCAUCCCAGAGUUGUACUAUGUACCUCAUCAUCUGGUCGAGGCCGAGAAGAAGAACAACCACUCCCAAGCCCGCAUGGCCAACGACAACCUCCCCUUGGUCUGGGCCAACUCCCUUCACACCCUCGGCAACUUGAUUUAUGAGAACCUUCUCAGCGUCGCUGAGAUCGAUCCCCUCGGCAGACGAUUCAACGCUCGCAAGACCCAGUCGAGCGAUACCGUCGUCCAAGUCGUCCUAUUGGCCGAGGAUACCAACCUGCAGAGCAUGUUGAGCAUGUACGGACUCGAGACCCAGACCAUGGAGCAAGUCCACCCUAUCACCGUCAGUCACCCUCAAGGUCUCAAGGAGGUCUACAGUGCCCUCGGAAGGAACGCCAAGUUGGGACUAUCUGGUCGACCCAAGCGUCCUGUUGGAUCUCUCGGAACCUCGCGUCUGUACCGUGUCCAGGGUCAUCUCUAUGCGUUCACACCUCACUUCAUGGACAACGAAGAGUUUUACCUCACUAGUGACAACGACUAUCUGAUCUCAAUCUUUGAACAGGAGCUCGCCUUUGUCCGUCAGUACUGGGAGUACCCUGGUAGACCUACUAUGGUUGUCCUCCUCACCCACGCUAUGCUUGGCGGUCUCUCCAAGUCCCGUGCAUUCUCCUCACAGAACGAUGCCGAGGCUCAACGUCUGACCACCUGGAGGAAGACUUCCCUUGGCUCCAACCCUCAAAAGGACAACAAGCGUAACCUUCUCAACUUCUUCAUGACUCUCCGAAGCGGUGUUGUCAACAAUGUCCGCGUGCGUCUCGGAAGACUAAGCGAGAUGGUCAACACCUCCUGUAUCGAGUCUCUCGAUUUUUUGGUCACCAAGAAGGAUAUCGACUGGCUGGGUAUUCUCCGCGGUGCUGCUGAUCGUCGCAAGGGUCGCAACGCCAGGAAGCUAGGACUCAAUGAGAAGCAGACCCAGGCAGCCACGCCUGGAGGACCUGGCAACAGGACACCUGGAAACCACCGCUGGUCUAUGCGUCGUCAGUCCUCGACCUUUGGAACUGGAUUCUCUCUUGCUUCGCUAACCACGCCUGCCGUUAACACCGAGCUCGAUAGUGACAACUACUUCGGAUCGCAUACUCGCGCCCCUUCCGAAGGGUUUGCCAUUUCUUCUCACAUUGCAGCUGCUGAACCCUCGGAACCCUAUUCGUCUGGAAAGCGUCACAAGAAGAAGGCCUUCAAACUCAAGGACCACGAAGAGCCCAGGACGAGUCGCAAAGGUAGCGGUGCUGGAUUGGGUGUCUGGACCCCAGACCUCAACACGUUGGAGAUCUCUGAGGCACCCACUGGCGAUGCUACCUCAUUGGAGAAUGACGACGAUGAUGAUUCGGACGAGAGCUCGCCUGACGGCAACAUGGACAGCUUGGGUUUGACUCUAGGCGACCCAUCGAGCAUGGAGGCAGCGCAGAACAUGCUGUCUAUCUCUGUCAACCUCUAUGACCAAAUCGAUCUGUUGCAAUACUUGCUUUCGUGCCAAGGUGCAGACUACUUUGUCAACAACCUGGAUGUCACGGUCCAGACUUUGUUGGAAGAGGUCUACUUCAAGUCGCUUCAGCUCAAGCUUUGGUCGAUCGUUCGCCAGGCAGCUGGAUUACUCAACAAAGUCGUCAACUCGCUCACGAUCAACAUCACCGACUUGGUCAUUCGCCAGAAGCAGAUCACCAUCGGAUCAGGAGAGACCGAGCACUUUAUUACCACCCCCCUUGGACCCGAUGUCCUCAGCCAGAUGAUCUACGACGGCAACUUUGACGAUGUUCGCGAAGGCCCUGUCGUCCAAGAGGUCUUGAUCUACCUGGGCUCGUUCAUUAGAGCUGACCCAGAGAUGUUUGAGGGUAUCAUGCGUCUACGGACUCAUUUCUUGAUCAUUGCGCUUCGUGAGGAGAUCUCGCGCCUCAACAGCUGUGAUGAGACGGAUGCUGUCGAGCAUUUGAUGCAGCUCUCGCCUUUUGAGCUCAAGUCUCUUCUCGGUACCGUUUUGUCGGGUCCCACACUGAGCGCCAACGCUACCAACACGUUGCUCCGCAACCAAUCCAUCUCUGGUCGCCUGAGCCCCACAAUGUCGGGUCGUCGUCCCUUGAACAGCGGUGGCUCCAUUGCUGAGGGUGGCGAUUUUGCUAUGGGCAUUGCCUCGUCUGGGCCAUCGAUCUCUAUUGGCGCAGUCGAGCUCCCCAACAUGGGCAAGGGCUCCAGCACCGUCAACAUCAAAGUCCAGUCUGGCGGUUACCAUUCUGGAAGCUUCUCCAAGAUCCUGAUCAACGAAAGCACCAUGUCGGUGUCUUCUCGUGGAAUCAACAUGGUCGCAAUCGACCCCGUCCAGGGCGUCUUGAUCGAGUCGGUCACGUUCGAUACACAUAUCUCGGAGGACGAGAGCGAUGACUUGGCCCGGUUGGUCGAUUGGUUGCAGCCUGGCAUGAUUGUCAUCUGCAGCUCUAAGGAUGAUUGCUUUGAACAUCUGACUAGCGCUGCAAGGCUUGCGCUGAAGCAGCUUGGAAGUGAGCUCAUUGGGGAGAUCAAGUACCGCGACUCUUGGUGCAUGAUUGGCGAGAAAGGUGCUGAACCCGGCACUGCGAUUGAAGCACACAAGACGUUCAUGGAUGGCCCAACAGCAGCCAUCGAGAAGACAAUCGACCUGAAUCAGUACAAGGCCAAGGCCAACGUCCAGGACUCCUUCCCAUCCCCUUCAGCGAUCGCUGCGUUCGUCCCCAACUCUUCAGGUCGCUGGCUGCGGCGCCGCAAGAACGAUGGAUCUCUCAACCGUGUCCCAGACAAGUUCUACCCUCGUGUAUGGCGUAUCCUCUCCCGAUCUGCCGGAUUCCGCAUCGGAUCGAACGUCCUCCCUCGCGACCCCAUUGUGUCUGAGAAGACGCCCGAGGAGUUCAACUUUGCGCUUGCGGUCGAGAACUUCUUGGGAGUUAUCCUGGACCCUGCCGAGCGUCAGAUUGCGGUGGAGACAUUGAUAGUGAUUGCCAAGAUUGAGGACCGGAACCCCGGAAUGGAGGUGCAGCCUGAGGAAAUUGAUUUGCCGAUUAUUAUGCGGGAGGCGAUGAAUAAGUUCUGGGUCAAGUGGGUUGUUAAUGGGCCAGGUGGGCGCGGACAGGGUAUUCCUGGAGGAGUUCCUGGAUCUUCUUCUUCGUCAGCAGCAACAACCGCGACAACAACAACACCUUCAUCAUCGUCGAUUACUCCAGCUGGUCCUCCUUCGUCGAAGGGAAGUAUUCCUGUGGCGACAGUUGGCAGCAGCGCAGCGAGACCGGCGGCGGCGUCUUUUGGUGAGGUUGGGUUUGAGCACCAUGAGCACCUUGCGCGUCGCAUGUUCUACGAUCUGCCGCAGGAGGGUAAGGAGGGCACGUUUGCCUAUCUUGCCCGGGCCGCGCUAAAGUUGUUGCCAUACUCCAUUGACCUUGAGUAG